CUCUCCAUAUACACUGUACCACCUCUCCAUUCUAAAUAUGUUGAAGAGCAGCCUGGUCAUUUACAAAAGGGCUUUGCGUCUAUCCGCACUACAACUGGUCGAUAUAUUGGUUGGUGCAAGGGUAUUUAUGGCUUUGUGAAGGAUGGGAUAAUGGAUACAGUACAGUUUGGAAAAGAUGCAUAUGUCUAUCUGAAGAAUCCUCCUCAAGACUUUUUUCCGAAAGUGGGAGUGAUUACAGUUUCAGGAUUGGCGGGCUUGUUUUCAGCAAGAAAAGGUUCUAGAUUUAAGAAAAUAACUUAUCCACUGGGACUGGCCACUUUAGGAGCAACUGUUUGCUACCCAGUUCAGUCAGUAAUAAUUGCUAAGGUAACUGGGAAAAAGAUAUAUGCUACAAGUGAGCAAAUUUAUGAAGCAGUUAAAUCAUUGUGGACAAAAAGCAACAAAAAGGAGUCACUCCCUGAACCUAAAGAAAAAACUAAGCUAGAAAGCUCUGCUGAAAUUGAAAUAACUGCAAAAACAACUCAAGUUCUGAAGCACUCAGUGCCUUUGCGAACAGAACUCCGCUCUGAAACAAAGACCACAUCAGAAUUUACCUCAGGUGCUACACAGUUUAUGCCUGACCCCAAGCUCAUGGAUCAUGGGCAGUCCCAUCCAGAAGACAUAGAUAUGUACAGCACUAGAAGCUGAAAUAGACUGCAUAAAGAACCACAAGAUGUGUGAAGCUGCAAAUAAUGCUGAAAAAAAUCAUGUAAUGGGUAACUGAUACGUAGAGUAUAACUUGAAUCGUUUUUCCCUUAUAUUUUCAGAUGUAGUUUGACCAAUUACGUAAGUGAUUAAAACACAAACUGAAUGCAAUCCAAACAAUAUUAAAUGAUCGAAGAGGAGACACAGGUAGAAGUAUUAGGAUGCAUUUGAUGACUUUUAAGGGCAUUUAUUUAGAAACAAAACAGAUGAUGAUAUGAAUACCAGUGACACUGAAAUCUGAAAAUAUGUACAUGUGUAUAGAUAUAUACACACAUAUUUUUACAUAUAUAUCUUCUCUAGUUUUUGCAGAUUAAUGUCAGUUAAAUUAGAAUGGUGUGUGGAAGGAUGUUCCCCCCGUUUUUGUUUGUUUGUUUUGUUUUGUUUGUUUCUCAGAGCUGGAAUAAAAUAUCCAUAUUUUAUGGCA